ACUAGGCUUAUAUAUACAGUCUCGCAUCCUGCAGCUAUCGUCAGUCGUAGCCCCGCAAUGGGGCGGCCAGCUGGAGCACUUAACACAGCACUGGACGGCACUGAAUACGUUCACAUCAAGAAAUGGUGUGAAUGGAAGCGGUCCACUCCACCACGGCGUCGACAUUCGUAGUCAAGUGCGACUUCGGCGCCAGACAGAGCCAAAGACGAGGAGGGGCUGCUCAUCCGGCGUCUCUUCGAUCGUUGGGGUUUUUGUUUAGCUACACGGCAAGCAAGGCAGAAACUGCCACCAGAGCGAUUGCCAGCCACGCCUUGGGAUCGUGUUGAUUCUCGGAGCAAUGUGUUGACAGCUCGGCCAUCUUCCUGAAAGCGAACGAGCAUGGAGCGCUGUCCAAAUGAAGGGUGCCAAAAGGAGCUAUCGGAAACGGAACGCAAGCCACACCUGGAAAGAUGCGCCUAUCGAACAGCUCCCUGCAAUCUGUGUAACGCGGAUAUCGUUUUGAGCAAUUUUAUAGAGCAUUGCACCACCGCUUGCCCCAAGAGAAGCGUCAUAUGCAAGAUUUGCACAGCUGCUAUCUUCGCAGAGGAAACAAAGGAACACUCCGAGACCUGCCAUGUCACGGGCGACAAAGAAAAAUCGGUCGACCCAAAAGGUAAAGGCGCGCCGAGGAAAAAGGCGAAAAGUGGCAGCACGAAUGCGGACGCCGAACUCAAAGAACUGCGGAAACUACUGAACGCUGCGAUGAAGGAAAUAGCCGAGCUGAAGCUUUCUCAGAGCAUUCUGGAGAGGAAGACGGCAGCGCUACUGCGUCGAACUGGAGCGUCGUUCGUCUGGUGCUUGGAGUCGUACCGGCGACUUCGCCGGCAUGCGAUCUCGCGCCGCGAAGACUGUCUCAGUGAGCCGAUCUUCUUCGGCCUGGCCGGCUGCAAGUUUCGGCUGCAGGUUAACCUGUACGGCGUCGCAGGCGGUGCUGGAACCCACAUGGCCUUCUUCGUCCAGUUCAAGGUCGUCGACCUGGCCAGGAUGGACAGUUGCUGCGUGAAGAAAACUAGGUGCCUGAUACGAGUGGCGUCCCAACGAGAGGGCGUCGACCACGUCGACCACACGUUUGACUUCUGCGUCUCGGGCCAGGACCGUCGCCGCUCCACGAGCCGUCCGCUGCACAUGUGGAACACGCUCUUUGGUCGCGAGAAGUUUAUCCUCUUCGAAGAACUCGAAGACCAGCGUGUUGGAUACGUCGUCGACGACAUGCUGAUCCUGGAAUUUCACGUUAUAGACUGACUUUAAAAAAAAAAGGUCAAUUAAAACAAAAAAACAAUGAAGCCAGAACAAAGUGUCGCGCUUUCUGAAGCCACGUGGAAAUAACUCGGAAAUCACCGUCAUAUUUCAAUAGUGUUUCACGGUAAUUCCAUAAAGGGACACUCAAGCGAAACAAUAACUUUAGCAAGGGGUACCA